CAAAACAUCUAGACGCGUGUAGUACCAAACCUAAACUACAGAGUUCCUUAUCACCUUCUCGGCGGAAGUGACGCAUGACGCACUGACGCGGCCGGAAACUCGCCAUCUUGAGGGAGGAAAAAAAACGCCUUGAAGUUAAAGAGGAAACUUGAACUUGGAGUCAAAAGGGCGUCUGUCAAACAUGGGGAACAUAUUUGCAAACCUCUUUAAAGCCUUCAGUAAGAAAGAGAUGAGGAUUCUUAUGGUGGGUCUCGAUGCUGCUGGAAAGACCACGAUUCUGUACAAGAUGAAGCUCGGGGAGAUCGUUACCACCAUCCCAACAAUUGGUUUCAAUGUUGAAACUGUGGAGUACAAGAAUAUAAGUUUCACAGUUUGGGACGUGGGUGGUCAAGAUAAGAUUCGACCGUUGUGGCGCCAUUAUUUUCAGAACACACAAGGUCUGAUCUUUGUGGUUGACAGUAACGACAGAGAGCGUGUGAAUGAAGCGCGAGAGGAGCUGAUGAGGAUGUUGGCUGAGGAUGAGCUCAGGGAAGCAGUUCUGCUUGUGUUUGCCAACAAACAGGAUCUACCGAAUGCCAUGAACGCUGCAGAAAUCACAGACAAGCUGGGGCUGCAUUCGCUCCGGCACAGGAACUGGUACAUCCAGGCCACAUGUGCCACAAGCGGCGACGGCCUUUAUGAAGGACUCGACUGGUUGUCCAGUCAACUGAAGAACCAGAAAUAAUGACCUCACUGUACUGAUCUUCCUUCGUUCCAUAUUUUCAACACUUGCUUUACUCGGCUCAUUUCAAACCCCAUUAACACAGAAAAUAUCUCCCUACAGCGUGAAGAACGUUGUCAAAGUGUUGCUCUCAUUUUAAUGUAAAUAGUUUUUGUUGGGAGGCAGCUUUUUGAGCACAUUUAUCCAAAAUAGAUUUAGUCUUUUCUCGUUCUUACUGUUUGAGUCAUUGGAGAGAGUUUUAAGUCCUGUAAACUCUCUCAGGUCUCAUUUGAAUCUUGCACAUGUAUUAUUUGAUUGUGCUUUUAAUAGAUGUACUGUAAACAAAGCUGUUAUGUUUUGUCUUGAACAGAGUACUUGAAAUCAAACAUUACAGACACUACCUGCACAUAUAACGGUUCAAUUUCCAGGAAAGGAAACCAAAAACGAUUACACUGUAAUCUCAGCAAAGGCUGAGGUGACCUGUAGCUUUACUGUCUUCAUGCUUUAGGAGCCAUAGAGUUGUGAAGACAGAACACAUAUAUUUCUCUUAUGAGAUUCCUGAAACACAACAGAUGUUUCGCUGUGAGUUUGUGGGAGAAAUGUUGUUGUGGAUGAGGUUAAUCAAGGUUUGUAGAAGGGUAGAGUUACAUUUUCAGGCACGUAACAGAAAUACGAUUUUAUUUUUUAAGGGUACUGUUUCAUGAAAACAGUGUGGCUUCAUUUUCUAUAUGCUAAAAUAAUGAAUUUGCUUAAAAAUUUUGGGUGGUUACAUUUUUUUUUAAGAUUCAACCAGAAAGAGAAACUGAAACAUUGGUUUUAUACAUAAAGCAUUACAUUUUGUGUCGUUUUAAUGCACUAAGAUUUACUUUCUGUUUCAUAUUUUGGACUUAGAAUCGAACCACCAUCAAGAGUUAACAACAGCCUCAUCUAACUACAUGCAGUAACUUGAUCUCCAACAAAUUAAAUUCUUAUUAAUACAUAACCUGAAAGCAAUAUUGAGAGUGUUGGCAUGUUUAUAUCAAUGCUUUCUGUUCUGCAUGCAGAAGUUAUUUUUAACACCAAAAAAAGCUGUGGUGCCUUUACGGUAAACAGACUACCGUUUCAGAUGAACAACCUUCCUGGUCAGUGUUAGGGCUGGUGGUUUAAAGUUACUUUAUCUUUUUUUUUCUCUCCCUAUUAGCCUCUAAUUUGGUAGACACUGAUUAUUUUGCAUUAAAAUUAUGUGAAUCUCUUAACAAAUUGUUUUAUAGUGACUCUUAACCUAUGUUUUUUACAUUUUGACAGAAAUGCACUGUAAUUAAAGAUAGUAUAACUGGA